AUGGGUGAACUAGACCGAGAAACAAUUUAUGGCUUGGCAAAGGGCCAAUCCCUUUGGACCAAGUGCUGCAGCAAGCAAGAAACAAACUGCAAGAGUUUAAGAGUGCUCAGACCAGAACAGGGGCCACAUCGACAAGACAGCUCUUCACAGUGGCAGCCACUACCUAGUUCGGUUUGUAAGAUAAAUUUCGACAGCGCUCUCUUCAUGAAGGAACAGCGGGCUGGCAUAGGGGUAGCUAUUCAAAAUGAGAACGGGCUCAUCAUGGUUUCAUCCUCUCAACAGAUUCCCCUCCCAGGUACAGUGGUUGAAGUAGAGGCAUUGGCAGCAAGGAAAGCGCUGGAACUAGCUCUUGACUGUGGUCUAGAUAGAGUAAUUCUUGAGGGUGAUUGUGAGAUUCUCAUGAAGACACUCCAGACUACCUCAAAGUCCCUGGCACAAUUUGGGAAAAUUGCAGAAGAUAUAAGAGUUUAUGCUUCAAUGUUUCAAGAUAUAAGUUUCUCGCAUGUACGUAGGAAUUGUAAUUCAGUUGCUCAUUCAUUAGCGAGAAGAGCAAUUCUUUCGCCUCAUUUUUUAGUCUGGAUGGAGAAUGUUCCACCAGAUGUUGAGCCAGUAUUUCAGGCUGAUUUAAGGAGCCUACCUUAA